UAAACAACGUCACUUUGGAGCGAAAGUUUUCGAAAGACAGGAGCUUAACAUUUCUCAACACUGUUUGGCAGCACUGAUUUAUUUGAAUAACGUGGUGUUAUUGUCCUGCUUUCCUCAACAUCCCUGGUGUAAUGAUGGAGGGUUUAGAAAUGUCUGCUAUGAUACCUGCUCUUCAAGAGCUUGCGAGUGCCAACGCAGCGGACUACAAUAUGGUCGUCCAGAAACCACGGCAAAUACUGUGUCAGUUUAUAGACAGGAUACUGACAGAUGUUAACGUCGUGGCUUUGGAGUUAAGUAAGAAGUCCAGCUCGGAGCCGGCGUGUGUAAUGCUGCUAGACUUCGUACAGCACAUUAUAAAGUCUUCUUCCCUGAUGUUCGUUAACCCUGCCUGUCAUCCUGUUCAUUAUAAGGACUCUGAGAAGAGCAGUGUCGAAUUCAGCAGGUGGGUUGUCAGCAGACUCCUGAGAGUGGCGGCAGCCCCAGACUGUAAUAUCAUCCACGGACGCAUCACCGCUGUGCUCUGCUCCCUACUGCACACGCUCCGAACCCGAGCCCCAAUCACCUUCAGCUCCCUCGCACAGGAGCUGCUGGGAUUGGCCCAGGACCUUGGCAACAUUCUCACCACACACAGACUCACAGCUGGGAAACACGCACCUCUCUCCGGAACACACACACACACCUUGUGGCCUGCGACGCUACAGCGCUUCUCUGUGUCUCCUCAUGACGCCUCUGCCUACCUCACCCCCUCGCCUCUCCUCCUCUCGGGCCCCGCUGCCAUGGAGACCCUGGUUGCCGUGACACUAGACGUUCUGACCGACAUCCUAAGGGGUGUCACGUCUCAUCGUGACGUGGGCGUGGCUUGGGACACCGCCUGCUCUGUCCUGGCCAAUGGCACGGUCAGGCUGAGGAGGGUCACCAUGGUGAUGCUGAGGACUUUGGUGGAGCUUGGGGGAUUUCCCAAGAGGCGGGGCCAGGAGUUCUUUACAGCCUUCCUUUAUGUGCUGCACACACACUUCCACAAACUCUCACACCCACCAGUAGAACAGCAACCCUAUGGCGGAGAACUUUUCAAAUUGACAAGCUGCAUUUUCAGACCUGUAGAGGGCUUCCACAAACUCGACCCCGCAUACACAGUCCCCUGCUUUGAGCGUGCUCACCUGGCUCUACUGUUGGAGCAAGUGUGUGUAUUAGGGGGGAAGAGGGUGGGGCUCGGUGCCGAGAUCAGCCAAUCGCUGUGUCUGCUCUUCGAUUUCCUGCUCUCUGUCGCCCCUGGAUACGAGAGCGCCCCGGCCCUGAGGAGACAGAGGUGUGUGGAAGUCUGCAGAGCUCUCACACAAAGUAUCGGCACAGAGACACAGGCUGAGUGCGUUGAGGGGUUUCUCCACGCCGCUCUGAAAGCCGAGGUUGCCAUUGUAACGCCGGAGGGGGAGACCGUUGCCAAGAGACCCAGGAUCUCCAAAACCCCCCAGACAGAGGUGGACAUGUGUGUGCGGAGCGACGUGUGGGCAGCUGUCAGCAGCAGACUGCAGGAGCUGCUGACCUCUCUGGACCCUGACCUUGAUCCUGACCUUGACCCUGACCCCCAGACCACCCUCACCACCCUGAAGGGCCUAGGACUCAUUCUACACCUUGCAGGCCUCUGCUACUCUCCCACCAGCCCCUCUCCCCUCCUCUGGGUGUCAGCUGACACUCUGGGCCAGACCCUGCAGACCUGCCAGUCCAUCUUGAAAGCCAUGAGGACUGGUUCCCCUCACAUGCAGCCUGCCUUCCAGGUCAUAGUCAGGGUCUUGGAUUCCAUCCUCUAUCUUACCAUGAACACCCCAGAGAAGGAGUGCCUGCAGCAGAGUGUGUGUGCACUGCUGUCCCUCCCCUGGGUGUGGGAGCAAGUGUCUUCCCCGGCCUAUCAGAGCGCAGCAUUCCCCUCUAGUCUUCCCAGUCUGGCUCAAAACCUGGCCUCCUGCUUUUCCCCACAGGUCCACGCAGAGUGCGUGUUCCUGCUAGCGCUGCUGCGGAGAGGCGUGUGUGAGACGUGGCGCGUGUGUGUGUUCUCGCGGGCGUUGCAGAGUGAACAUGAGGGUGUGAGAGCUGGGGCCGCCAGAGCCUUCCCUCUCCUACUGCAUCACCUGGAAGCCCGUCACCAACACCUCAUACACACCACCCUGCUGAAGACACUUGACGACAGCUCUAACCUGGUGAAGGCGGAGCUCGCGAGGAUAGCCGGUCAACUGACCUGUGUCCAAUCAGGGAGUUCCCAGCUCACUGUCAUUCACACGGAACUCUCAACACUACCUACAAUCCUCUGCUCCGGCCUCAGUUUGUCUACGGAGCAUGCUGGGAAAACAGUGACCCUGAAAGCCGAUGUCAUCAGACCCCUCCUGCCUUUGCUCCACCCUCAGACACACUGCAGCGUCAAACAGGCUUUUGUGGAAGCGCUGCCACACCUCUGUCAGCAUGUGAACCUAGGGGGCGGAGACAGCGACUCGCAGGCUGUCCUGUGCGCCCUGAUUGGUCUGAUGGAGGAUCCAGAGCCAAAGAUCAGAACACUCUUCAGCCAAUCAGUGCGCUUCUUACUGGCCGAUGCAUCCUCAAAUCCUGACCAGGGUCUCCUCAGUGAGCUCCUGGUGUGUCGCCUAAAGGAGGCGUUCACAAACGCUAAGCUUAACAGAGAUGAUGAGCUACGCAGCACUCUCAUCCUCACCACCGGAGAGAUUGGCAGGGCAGCUCAGGGUAGCUUGGUGUCCUUCUCCCUGUUGAGGCUACUCCACUGUCUGCUGUCCAAGUCCUCCCCCGUGUCUGUAGCUGCCUACACCCAGAUCCGGGCCCUGGCCACAGCCAAGAGCCUCAAACUGCAGACGCUCUUCAGCCAGUACAAGAACCCUGUCUGCCAGUUCCUGGUUGAGUCGCUGCACUCACGUCAUGUGACUGCCUUGAGGAACACUCCGGAACAGAGCAGCGAGUCAGCCAAUCAGAGAGAGCUAGCUCUGGACAUCCUGUCUCAAGUUGCACAUGCCUUCGACUUCCCAGACCUGCACCGCUUCCUCACGCGAACUCUCCAGGUUCUCCUACCAUACUUGGCAGCUAAGGCCAGUGCCACUGGCUCUGCCCUCAUACGUACACUGGCCAAUGAGCUGAAAGCAAACCGCCGAGAGAUCCUCAUCAACAACUUCAAGUACAUCUUCAGCCACCUGGUGUGCUCCUGCACCAAGGAGGAGCUGGAGAGAGCCUUCCACUACCUCCAGAGCGAGACAGAGAUCGAGCUUGGAUCUCUGCUGAGGCAGGAUUUUCAAGGACUCCACAACGAGCUGCUCCUACGCCUUGGAGAGCACUACCAACAGGUGUUUAACGGGCUGGCCAUCCUCGCCUCCUUCGCCUCUAACGACGACCCGUACCAGGGGCCGCGGGACAUCACAACCCCCGGGCGAAUGGCUGACUACUUGCAGCCCAAGCUCCUGGGCAUCCUGGCGUUCUUCAACAUGCAGCUGCUCAGCUCCAGCGCUGGGGAGAAGGACCGCAAGAAGAUGGUCCUGACCAGUCUGAUGGCUCUGAUGCGUCUCAUGGGACCCAAACACAUCAGCUCAGUGAGGGUGAAGAUGAUGACAACCCUCCGCACAGGCCUGAGAUACCGAGACGACUUCCCUCUGCUCUGCUGCCAGACGUGGGAGUGUUUUGUGAAGAGUGUUGACCCCACCCACUUGGGGCCUCUACUGAGUCAUGUGAUCGUGGCCCUCCUCCCACUCAUCCCCCUCCAGCCCAGAGAGACAGCUGCCAUCAUCAGCUACUUCAUACUGGACAACAGAGAAGAGGUUCAGGAUCAUCUGCAUGAGAUCUAUUUCCUGCCGGACCACCCUGAGCUUAAGGACAUCCACGCUGUUCUGGACGAGUACAAAAAGCUGACGUCUAGGAGCAGUGACCUGGCUGCAGCCCUGCAGCGCUCCAUGAAGGCCGUGCAGCACGAGAAUGUGGACGUCAGGAUCCACGCUCUCACCAGCUUGAGGGACAUGAUGCACAGUAACCAGGAGUGGCUGCUGCAGCAGGUGUGUGCCAGCGAGGCUGUGGAGCCGGUGAUCUCGUCCCUGGUGGCGGUACUGUUGCAGGGCUGCCAGGACUCCUCCCCCGAUGCCAGGCUGCUCUGCGGGGAGUGUCUGGGGGAGCUGGGUGCCGUUGACCCCGGCCGCCUUGACUUGUCGCACACACACACACACGGCAGCCGCAACACCUUCGUGAGUGGGGUGGAGGACUCUAACUUUGCGUAUGAGCUGCUCACGGAGCUGACCAGAACAUUCCUGGCUUACGCUGAUGACGUCAGGGCUCAGGACUCUGCUGCUUACGCUAUGCAGGAGCUGCUGUCCAUAUUUGAGUGCCGUGAGGGCCGUAAUGACUCCCCGGGCCGACGGCUUUGGAGAAGAUUCCCCGAGCAGGUCCAGGAGAUCCUGGAGCCCCACCUGAACAGCAGGUACAAAAGCAGUCAGAAGGUGGUGAACUGGUCAAAGCUGAAGAAGCCCAUCUACCUGAGCAGUCGAGGCCGCAAGUUCUCUGACUGGUCUGCUACCUGGGCUGGAUACCUCAUUAGCAAGGUGAGACAUGAGCUGGCCAGCAAGGUGUUCUCCUGCUGUAGCUUCAUCAUCAAGCACGACUACAAGGUGACCAUCUACCUGCUGCCCCACAUCCUGCUCUACAUGCUGCUGGGAUGCAGCCCCACACAGCAGCAGGAGGUAACAGAGGAGAUUUUGGCAGUGUUGACGGAGGGCGACACUCGUGGGGGGUUGAACCAGGAAACGGCCUCCAGCCUAUCACAGCUCAGCACUCAGACUGUGUUCAGCAUGCUGGCUCACCUCACACAGUGGACCAGACACAUCCUGUCCUCCAGACACACUGAGAGUGUGGAGUACCAGAGUGUCGUGGCCUUCCUGAAGAGUAUCCCCCAGGACAUGUUGGCCAAGGCCUCGCUGCGCUCCAAGGCCUACACACGCUCCCUCAUGCACUUCGAGGCUCACAUCCUGGAGAACAAGGAGAACGUCCAGGAUCACCUCACCUUCCUGCAGACACUGUAUGCGGCGAUGCACGAGCCGGAUGGAGUUAGGGGUGUGAAUGCCCUGCGAAGGGAGGAGCCUUCGCUACGGGAACAGAUCCUGGAGCACGAGAGCAUUGGUUUGCUGAGGGACGCAACUGCAUGCUACGACCGCGCCAUCCAACUGGAGUCUGACCAGAUUGGACACUACCAUGGGGUGAUGAGCUCCAUGCUUGGUCUGGGACAGCUGUCCACUGUCAUUACCCAGGUCAAUGGUGUACUGGCCAACAGGCCCAAGUGGAAGUCUGAUCUGAACACGUACAGGGUCGAGGCAGCCUGGAAGCUAAGCAAGUGGGACCUACUGGAAGACUACCUGAGCUCAGACCGUAAGUCCAGUUCGUGGGGGGUGCGUCUGGGCCAGAUGCUGCUGUCAGCUAAGAAGCAGGACUCUGAGAGCUUCUACAGCCAGCUGAAGGUGGUGAGGAAGGAGCAGGUGGUGCCUUUGUCGGCCGCCAGCUACGAGUGUGGCACCUAUCAGAGAGGCUACGAGUACAUCGUCAGGCUGCACAUGCUCAGUGAGUUGGAGCACGCAUACUCAGACCUACAGAGGCAAAAAGGAAGCUCCGCCUCCAGCCCGCUUCUGCUGCCUCACCAUUGGCCAGAUCGGCUGGAGAUGACCCAGAAUUCGUUCAGGGCCAAGGAGCCAAUCCUGGCCCUGCGACGUGCCAUGCUCAGCCUGAGCUCGAGGCCCCAGAGUGAGCAGCUAGUUGGGGAGUGUUGGCUGCAGAGCGCUCGUGUGGCCAGGAAGGCAAGACACCAUCAGACAGCCUUCAAUGCCCUCCUGAACGGAGAGAACACACACCUGGCCGAACUCUUUACUGAGAAGGCCAAGUGGCUCUGGUCCAAGGGGGAUGUGCACCAGGCCCUGAUAGUGCUCCAGAAGGGCGUGGCUCAGUGUUUCCCAGAGACCCAGGCCCUGACAGACCCUCGCAUCCUGCAGACCAAGGGCAAGGCCAUGCUGAUGGUGGGUCGCUGCAUGGAGGAGACAGCCAACUUCGAGUCCAACGCCAUCAUGAAGGCCUACAAGGAUGUGACAAGCCUGCUGCCGGAGUGGGAGGAUGGGAACUUCUACCUGGCUAAGUACUAUGACAAGGUCAUGCCCACAGUGACAGACAAAAAGCUGGAGAAGCAGGGGAACCUCAUCCGCUACAUUGUCAUCUUCUUUGGGAAAGCUCUGCAGUUUGGGAACCAGUACAUCUACCAGGCCAUGCCCAGGAUGCUGUCACUCUGGCUGGACUUCGGGGCCCGGGUGUACGAGCAGGAGAAAGUGGGGCGUACGGACCGGCAGAUGCGCGCAGAGCUGGGGAAGAUCAACGCGGUUGUGAGCGAGCACUGCGCCAACCUGGCGCCCUACCAGUUCAUCGUGGUGUUCAGCCAGCUCAUCUCUCGCGUGUGUCACUCCUGCAACGAGGUGUUCGCCGUGCUCAUGGCCAUCGUGGCCAAGGUCCUCCUGGCCUACCCCCAGCAGGCCAUGUGGCUCAUGACUGCUGUGUCUAAGUCGUCUUACCCCACCCGUAUGAACCGCUGUAAGGAGAUCCUCACCAAGGUGGUCAGUCUGAAGGAGUCUCUCCACAAGUUCAUAGGAGAUACCAACAGGCUGACCGACAAGCUGCUGGAGCUCUGUAACAAGCCGGUGGACUGCAACAACACCACCCUGAGCAUGAGUGUCCACUUCAAGCAGCUGAAGCGCCUGGUGGAGGAGCCCUCCUUCAGCGAGGUCCUCAUCCCCCUGCAGGCGCUCCUCAUCCCCACCCUGCCCUCCACCAGCGGGGCCAGCACCAAGCACGACGCCUUCCCCGGCCGCUGGGUCUACCUGGCCGGCUUCGAGGACACGGUGGAGAUCCUGGCGUCUCUGCAGAAGCCUAAGAAGAUCAGUCUGAAGGGUUCAGAUGGACAGAGCUACACCAUGAUGUGCAAACCCAAAGAUGACCUGAGGAAGGACUGUAGGCUUAUGGAGUUCAACUGUCUCAUCAACAAGUGCCUCCGUAAAGACGCUGAGUCCAGACGGAGGGAGCUGCACAUCCGUACCUACGCUGUCAUCCCCCUCAACGAGGAGUGCGGCAUCGUGGAAUGGGUCAACAACACCGCAGGACUGAGAAAUAUCCUCCUCAAGCUGUACAAGGAGAGAGGUAUCAGCAUGUCAGGUAAGGAGUUGAGGAGGAUGGUUCUUCAUAAGACGGCAGCGUUUGAGGAGAAGCUGAGUGUCCACAAGGAGCUGUGUUCUCGACACCCCCCUGUCUUCUAUGAGUGGUUCCUCCGAACCUUCCCCGACCCCACCACAUGGUACAGCAGUCGCUCAGCAUACUGUCGCUCCACAGCGGUCAUGUCCAUGGUGGGCUACAUCCUGGGGCUGGGAGACCGUCACGGAGAGAACAUCCUGUUCGACUCGCUCACCGGAGAGUGUGUACACGUCGACUUCAACUGUCUCUUCAACAGGGGAGAGACGUUUGAUGUUCCAGAGGUGGUUCCGUUCCGUCUGACCCAGAACAUGGUCCAUGCCAUGGGUCCCAUGGGCACAGAGGGCCUGUUCAGACAGGCGUGCGAGGUCACCCUCCGCCUGAUGAGGGACCAGAGGGAACCCCUCAUGAGUGUGCUCAAGACCUUCCUGCACGACCCUCUGGUGGAGUGGAGUAAGUCCUCCAGGGGGCCCGCCACAAAGAACCAGGCCAGCGAGACUGGAGAGAUUGUCAACGAGAAGGCUAAGACCCAUGUAUGUGAGAUCGAGCAGCGCCUGCAGGGGGUGAUAAAGAGCAGGAACAAGGUCCUGGGCCUGCCUCUGUCCAUCGAAGGCCACGCCCACUACCUCAUCCAGGAGGCCACCGAUAAGAAGCUGCUCUGUCUUAUGUACCUGGGCUGGGGGCCCUACUUGUGACGCGCAUGCACACACAUAAACACAUACACUCAGAAACGUAAACACAUGCAUGAAUACAUACAUGCAUGUACAUACAUGCUUUUUGAGAGGCUGAAUUCUUUGUAAACUGUGUUACAUUUAGGUUCUGAUCUAUUCUGUCCUCGGGAACAAGUGUUGUAUUGCUUCACAUUCUGUAACAUAUCUAUUCUGGAAUAGAUAUGUGUGUUUCCUGCACUCAUAAAUUGUGUGAUAUUUUUUGCAUAA